AUGGAUCAGCUUAGAUAUGAUCCUCCAGGACCACCAGAAUAUCCUUGUUGCGGCCACCUUAACAAGUCCUUCAAGUGCAGAAAGUUAACAAUGAGAGACAUCAAAGAAUUCCAUGAGAAUUUUUACUCUACGCGCGCAAAGAACUCCCAAGAUGCGUUUAUCAUUAAACAUGUGAAGGUAACAAGUGCAAAAAGACCACGUCCAAAAAAGAAACUUACCUCUACGAAGAAGGUUAGUACAAAUUACUACAUUAGAGUGUCCGGUACAGAAAAGUUUUGUAUACGUGUUUGUCAACAAACCUUCGUCAACGUCCUUCAAGUAUCACGUAAGAGAAUUCAGAAUUUAGCUAGGAAAUUUCUGAACACGGGAAGAAUGCCGGUUGACAAGAGAGGUGGGGCGAGGCCAAAUCCUCUUUAUGACAAGAAAAAGGCCGCUAUUAAAAGAAAAAGGCCGCUAUUAAAACAUUCAUAG